AUGGGCACGACAAUGCUGAAGAGAGCACUGCCCACAGCCAGCUGCGCCAGGACAGGCCAGCCAGGGCAGAGCUGCCAGUGGAAGAGAGACAGUUCCCCAUGGCACCGUUUGGUUCACAGACAGAAGGGCUGGGACGGCUGUCAGCGCCUGUGCUUCCAAGAUAAGAGCCAAGGACUAAUGAGGGCCAUCAGGUUCCGGGCAGGGACAGGGGGCAUCAGGAAGCCUUACCCCACGCCCACUGCCUGCACAAGCCUCAAGUCUAUGGGGGGCACUGGCCUCGGGGCUUCCUGUUUUGAGAUUGGAUUUGACUGGUCGGGACUGCGCUCAGGAAAAAGGUUUCAGGGAGCAAUGGAAUGGACAGCUGGGCAAACACACACCCAGGGACUCCUUUCUCCAAGAAGGAUGGGCAUUGGGGGUGGCAGAGGAAAUACCAGCAUGGAACAACAUCCCAGGGACCUGCGUCCUCCCCAGGUUAAACCCCUGGGUCCUUGCAUGGCUGCGUGUCUUCUGCAGGCCACAUCUCCUCAGGACUCCCCUACUCAUCACUUUCCCAUUGCUAUGGAAGACGGGUGUCGGGGUGGCACCUGCCUCCUUGUUUGUAUGCUCAGGUGCAUGGCUACCAGAGGAAAAGCCACUCCCAACCUUUGUCGACAAGCAUCCCGUUUCUGGGUUCCUGGAGAAGUCUGGGAAGCUGCUCUGUUGUAGAGGCUGAAAGGAGGGUUGGUGAGAGCCCCCAGCUCCAAACCAGCCCUGCCCCUUACCCUUCCUCACCCCU